AUGGCCGCUAACAUACAGAAGCUCGAAGAGGAUGCCGAGCGACGCCACUCUGAAUACCUCCAUCAUCGAAACACAGAUUUGGGUUGUUUGGAACGCGUUGAGGCUCAUCUGGGUACACUCAAAAUUGAUUCAGCCAUCUCAGGUGGGUCGAACUCACACACGACACCGCCACCAUUUCAGGUUCGAAACGUGAAGCUUGAUUUUCCGCGUUUUGAUGGAAAUGAUGUGCUCCAUUGGAUCUUCAAAGCAGAGCAGUUCUUUGAGUUUUAUUCAACACCAGAUACGCAGCGUUUGACCAUCGCCGCUGUUCACAUGGACAAGGAUGUUGUUCCCUGGUUUCAAAUGCGAGCACGCGACAAUCCCUUUCAGUCAUGGAUUGGCCUUACCAGAGCCCUGGAACUUGAAUUCGGACCUUCACCUUACGAUUUACCCCGCAGCCCCCUCUUCAAACUCACCCAAACAGACACUGUUAACUCCUACUACCUGCAAUUCACCGCUCUUGCUAAUCGAUCUGAAGGGUUAAGCUCCGAUGCUAUUCUGGAUUGUUUCAUUAGCGGACUCCGACCCGAAAUCAAACCUGACGUGUUGGCCCAAUCCCCCCGUACCCUUUCCAGAGCCUGUGCCUUGGCCAAGUUGUUUGAAGAAAAAUACCCGACCCGGCCCAAACCCUUCCAAGCAGCUCCAAUAACCCGACCCCUCUCUUCUUUCCCCAAUAACCAAAAUCGUAACCCAACUUCAACGAUAAACCAAAACCCAUUACCACCUCUUCUUCCCACCCCCAACCUUAAACCCAGACCACAACUGUCGCGUACACCAUCCGUCAAGAAUAUCUCGCCGGCAGAAAUGCAGUUGCGCCGGGACAAGGGCCUUUGCUUCACUUGUGACGAGAAGUUUUCCUUCUCUCACCGUUGUCCGAAUCGUCAGUACCUUCUAUUGCAAGCCGAUGAUGAAGAUAUUGUAACAUCCGAGGAAGGUUUGUUGGAUUCUCCUGUGGACGCCACUGACGAAGAGACUCAAAACACUCAGGACCACCAUCUCUCCUUCAAUGCCCUUAAUGGCUCCGCGGGAGUGGGGACUCUCCGAUUCUUGGGUCACAUUCAAGGGAAACCGGUCCAAGUUCUUAUAGAUAGUGGCAGCUCGGAUAACUUCCUCCAACCACACAUUGCAAAGUUCUUACAACUUCCUGUUGAGCAUGCUUCUCAAUUCAAAGUGUUGGUAGGAAACGGGCAAUCCUUAGAAGUAGCUGGUUUUGUCAACAACCUUCAGGUAUCAAUUCAGGGUCACACAAUUACAUUACCUGUCUAUUUACUACCCCUAACUGGUGCAGAUUUGGUCCUAGGGGCACCAUGGCUUGCCACACUAGGUCCUCAUAUCGCCGAUUAUCGUGCUAUGUCUAUUAAGUUCCACCUAGACAACACCUUUAUUACUUUGCACGGUGAACAAACCAGGACUCCUUCUCAGGCCCACUAUCAUCACAUUAAAAGAUUGUCCACUACUAAAUCUAUUGCUGAGUGUUUUUCCCUCCACUUUAUCAGUACACAGAGUGUUGUCACUCCUAAUUUGGAGAUACCGAUGGACCUCGACCAUGAAUUGCGUACACUGCUCCUGAAAUAUAGUAUGGUUUUUAACCCUCCUACUGGCCUUCCACCUAAAAGGAUUCAGGACCAUGCCAUUCCCCUUGUUAAAGGAAGUAACCCUGUCAAGGUUAAACCGUACCGCUAUGCUCAUAGUCAAAAAUCAAUGAUUGAGAAAAUGGUCAUGGAAAUGUUACAACAGGGUAUUAUACAGCCAAGUUCUAGCCCAUUUUCAUCAUCGGUAUUAUUGGUCAAAAAGAAGGACGGAUCAUGGCGAUUUUGUACCGACUAUAGGGCUCUAAAUGCUAUCACUAUAAAGGACAGUUUCCCUAUUCCUACCUUGGAUGAAUUGCUUGAUGAGUUGUUCGGUGCUACUUACUUUUCCAAACUAGAUUUGUUGUCCGGUUACCAUCAAAUCUUGGUUAGGCAUGAAGAUUGUCACAAGACUGCCUUUCGAACUCACCAAGGGUUGUAA